AUGGAAUUUUUGCAAAUCGGCCCUCCUUCUUUUAUUACUAUUCGGCAUCCUUAUUUUCUCCCAGUUGUCAUAUCAGCGAACACCUGCCGUGCGCGCUGGGUAUCUCGGCAACGGCGGCCAAGCCAGAAGCUCCAGGCGUGUUGCGGCCGAGACCUCGGUGUCCAGAUCCAUGGCGCCAUCCACCUUUUCCUUCCACCCCUCCACCCUGAUGGGCUCAAGCACCGCCAGAUCCGAGUUUCCCGACUGGGUCCUGCUCUGCGAGGAGCCGCGUUUCUCGGAACUCCGGAACGAGACCACCGUCGAGUGCGAGACCAGCGAGGGCCAAGCCGUGGAGGUCUCCUUCUGGCUCGUCGACCCGCCGGGCGCCUCCUACUUCUCCUUCAACUGCCCCGGCCUCGACGCCUCCGCCUUCGACGACUACGCACCGCCCUCCCUCGUCUGCGUCGGGGCCGCCUUCGUCCUCUUCAGCCUCACAAUCAGGGGCUCCACCCACCACUUCGUCUACAAAGCUGCCCCUGCAGGGAAACAAUCGCUUGAAGCGCUCCCCGAUCCUCCGGUCUACAGAAGACGGCGGUUUGGCCUCCUGCCCCGCGGCGACGGCGGCGAACACUACGCCGUGGCCUACCUCGACCGCCAGUGGAUCUCCCAAGGCGAUUAUUGGCGGUUUGAUGCGCACGUCUGUUCCUCUGAAACGCAGGCAUGGAGCAGCCACAUGUUGUCGUUGCUGCACUUAUCCGAGUCUGACAAGCUGCUCUGUUGUAAGCAUAGCUUGUACUAUAGGCAUGUCGCCGUUGCAGGCUCACUAGGCUGGGUUGAUCUCCUGCGUGGUGUCCUCCUCCUUCACAACCUCUUCGACGGUGGUGAUCCUGUCUUCGAAUUCAUCCCAUUCCCUAAAUCAAGGGUGAACUUUCUCAACGAGGAUGGCCGCCCUCACCGCGCUUUGAGUAUUAUUGCAACGUGGCCUGCUGUGAUGAUCUCCUCAAGUUCAUCGAGAUAGAAUUUGACGACCCUCUUGUCAGGACCAGCCGUAAAGGUUGGAGAGCCACUGUGUGGAACAGGAAGAUCUCUUGGAACAAGUGGGAGAUCCGAUCCACGGUUGAUGUUGCUAAAAUCUCAGUGGACCAAAGUUAUUCUGCUUUGUUGCUUGAGCUGCGGGGUGACGAGAGCCAAAAACUGGACUUGCAGAAACUGGUUUUCUAUGCCCCGGUGCUGAGCACCAGCGAUGACGAUCUCUUUUACAUGAUGGCCAAGGUGAAUGCUGAAGACGAGACUGCCUGGGCCAUCGCAGUUGACAUGGAAAGGGCAGCUGUCGAAGCAAUGGCCCCGUUUUCGCUCGGAUGGCACCACUACCACAUUGCAAGGAGCAGACAUGCAUAAUCCAGUGGACAAGUGCUUUGAGUGGUUGAGUGUAAAGCACUGUGUGGUACAAGUGUUGUGGGCUCUGGAUUGGCUUCGAGAACUUGAUGGUAAAACAUUCUGGUCAAGGUGAAGCUGCAUCGGAGACUGUCGAAUUUUGCUUACGGUAUAUGGAUGCGGAAACCAGAAACUUGUUUGUGAUAACUUAGCUUUAUAUCUGACCAAGUGUCAGGUGUUCCCUAGAGCUCUGGAAGAUUUUGACUUGGCACUACAUGAAUCACCAAGCAAUGGGUCAGCAUCUAUUGAAGCCAUGAGGAGCAAAAUCAUUGACAUCAUUGAAGCUUUGGACAAGUACAAUAAAACGAGUCAUUUCUCUUCUUUAGUAUUAAAAGGAACCAUCUAGCCAUCCUAAUUUUAUAAUUUUUCAAUCC